GCCCUGAUUGGCCAUGGGCGAAGGGACUGGUGGCCUGGUUGGCGCUGCCGAGAACUGUCGGGAGCUUCUUGGGACCGAGGACCGAAACCCCAGCUCCAGGCCUCAGGGGGACUGCGGACUGUGUGGAGGCUGGCCGGAGAGAGAGGGAAGGACGGGGUCUGGCCCCCGGGACUCCCCGUGCCUUGCUUGGAGCUGACGCCGACGGUUUAUUGCAGGGAGCUGACAAGAUCACAUUUUGAGAAGAAGUUGGAAAGAAUCCCAAGUGGAUGAACUCAAUAUCUGGAUGAGGACAAGAUCUGUGGGGAGAGACUGUAAAGUAAGAAGAAGAGAGGUCUAGAACCAAGCCUUGAAGACCUAUAAAGAGUGACGGAAGGCUGCCAACAGGCUAAAUUGACCCAUACUACACACUUUUGUGGCAAGGCUGAGACACUUACAACACUCUCAGAUAGAAUGAGUCCAUUUAAGUCCCAGGACAGUGGAAACUAGCUAGUGGAUUGCAGCCAUGUUGUGGAAGCUGCUGCUGAGAUCCCAGUCCUGCAGGCUGUGUUCUUUCAGAAAGAUGCGAUCACCUCCAAAAUACAGACCUUUCUUAGCAUGCUUCACCUAUACAACUGAUAGACAGUCGAGCAAAGAAAAUACAAGAACAGUGGAAAAGCUCUAUAAAUGUUCAGUUGACAUCAGAAAAAUUCGUAGAUUAAAAGGAUGGGUACUUUUAGAGGAUGAAACCUAUGUUGAAGAAAUUGCGAAUAUUUUACAAGAACUAGGUGCCGAUGAGACUGCUGUAGCCAAUAUUUUGGAACGCUGCCCGGAAGCAAUUGUCUGUCGUCCAACCGCUGUUAACACCCAGAGAAAACUCUGGCAGUUGGUCUGCAAAAAUGAGGAAGAGUUAAUUAAGUUAAUAGAGCAGUUUCCAGAAUCUUUCUUUACUAUUAAAGACCAAGAGAACCAGAAGCUGAAUGUUCAGUUCUUUCAAGAGUUGGGACUAAAAAAUGUGGUCAUUAGCAGACUUCUGACAGCUGCAUCUAAUGUUUUUCAUAAUCCUGUUGAGAAGAAUAAGCAAAUGGUAAGAAUUCUCCAAGAGAGUUAUCUAAAUGUAGGUGGCUCUGAGGCCAACAUGAAAGUUUGGCUACUAAAAUUGUUAAGCCAAAACCCAUUUAUUUUGUUAAAUUCUCCCACAGCUAUAAAGGAAACACUAGAAUUUCUCCAGGAGCAAGGUUUCACAAGCUUUGAAAUUCUCCAGCUUCUGUCCAAACUCAAAGGAUUUCUUUUUCAACUUUGCCCAAGAAGUAUACAGAAUAGUAUUUCAUUCUCUAAAAAUGCUUUUAAAUGCACAGAUCAUGACCUGAAGCAAUUAGUUUUGAAAUGUCCUGCCCUUUUAUAUUAUUCUGUUCCAGUUUUAGAAGAGAGAAUGCAAGGAUUAUUGAGAGAAGGAAUUUCCAUAGCUCAGAUAAGAGAGACGCCAAUGGUUCUUGAAUUAACACCACAGAUAGUACAGUACAGGAUAAGGAAACUGAAUUCCUUAGGCUACAGAAUAAAGGAUGGACAUCUAGCAAAUCUAAAUGGAUCAAAAAAAGAGUUUGAAGCUAAUUUUGGCAAAAUUCAGGCCAAAAAAGUAAGGCCAUUAUUUAACCCUGUGGCACCAUUAAAUGUUGAAGAAUGACAUACUGACUGUUGUUGCUUCUUUCUAGCAGUGCAGGGUGAAACUAACUAGCAAAGACAAAAAUUGAGGCAGUUUGUAGACACCAGUAAUUUUAAGAACCUGCUUAGCUUCUGGGUUGUAUUUAAGUUAUCUCUAAAUAGAUAAAUUCUGACUCAUUUGCCAUAUUAUAAAAUAUAAAUCAUAUUUAUUUUAAUAAAUAAAGUUGGUAACUUUUACCUUAAA